AUUUAAGGGCAGACCGUGCAGUGUUUGUUGCAGCGGCCGCUGAGCAAGAUGCCCGCGAUACGGCUGCUGGUGUUGUUGGGCUUGUUGGCGGCGGCGGCACAGGGCGACUGGUCUCCCCCGCGUUUCAACAUGAGCCUGGAUACGCCGCCCUCCCAGCGCUGGGAACCGCUGCUCAAAAAAUACGACCCCGAACGUCUGAAGCACGAUAUAUUUCAAGUGGUCCGCACUGUUGCUCCACAGUGGGCGGUUGCAAUUGUUAAUAUGUUAGCACCUGUGCUGAGCCACAUAUUGCCACAGCCCUAUGGCGAAGAAAUUGAAGGAAUAUGUAAAUUUCUUGGAGUCAACCUCGGAGAAGGACUUCUUAUCAAUUUUGCCUACGAAGCUCUUGGAUCUUGCACUAGCAUUGUUGUACAAGACUCAAGAGGAAUGAUUUUCCACAGUAGAAAUAUGGACUUCCCAUUCACUGACAUUUUAAGGAAUGUCACAAUUGACAUACAAUUUGUAAAGAAUGGUCAGAUUGUCUACAAAGGAACAACAUUCCUUGGUUUUGUAGGUUUAUGGACUGGCCAAAAAGCAAACAAGUUUGCCAUUACUGGAAAUGACAGAGCUAAAGAUCAUUGGUGGAAAACUGCAAUUGCUGUACUUUUAAAGCAUUAUCCUUCUCCAAGCUGGCUGAUUAGAGAUACUCUCGCACAAGCUGCGGACUUCCAAGAAGCUUUGGGAAUGUUGGCGUACACUCCGAUCACUUCAAAUGUGUACUUCAUUUUAAGUGGGGUGAAACCAGAUGAAGGCACGAUUAUUACAAGAAACAUCAAAGGUCCUGCUAACAUCUGGCCUUUGAUGUCUUCCAAAGGAGAGUGGUACAGAGUGCAGACUAACUACGACCACUGGAAAGCUCCACCUCCAUGGGAUGACCGAAGAACACCCACCAUCCAUGCUCUCGAAAAUACAACACAAAAGAACAUCAGUCUCGAUACAAUGUUCAAGAUUCUUUCUACCAGUCCCAUUUUAAAUAGGAUCACGGUUUAUACAACAUUGAUGUGCGCUGCAGAGCCCUAUGAAUACAGAACAGUGAUUCGCUCACCACUUCCAACGGUAGAAUACAUUAUUGGUGAUUUGCAAGAAAUGAUUUACAAGAAUGCUACAAUGACAUAGUUAUCGAUCGUUAUUAUCAGGAUAUGAAGAUACUGGACAUGAACGUAUAGAGACUCGUCACUCUAAUUUGUCAAAACUCUUUCUCAACCAAUGUCGGGUUGACGUACGGGUUCAUUUUAUGAAAUUUGCCCAUUUGAUAAUUGUUGAAAAGGUAUCUGUCUAAAAUAAUAAAGAUGAGCUUAAAGGAACAUCUUCAAGGCACAGAGGUUGGUGAAGUUACAUGCAUUUCACAUUGAUGCAGUUGGGGUAAAGUGCUGAAAUCCAAACGGAUAGAAUUUCAGUGUGCAGGAAGGAACUGCACACACUGGUUUAAACCGAAGAUAGACACAAAAAAACUGGAGUGACUCCUUCUCUCCAGAGAUGCUGCCUGGCCCACUGAGUUACUCCAGCUUUUUGUGUCUAUCUUCGAUAGAAUUUCAGAACAGCAUGCCUGGAGAGUUCAAGGAUGGUGGAAAGAUAAGAAGAAACAUGGAGGAAGGUUUCUGCAGCAGUUGAGCCUGAGGUUGGGGCAGAGAAAAGGCUCUUGCAGCUGCAGAUUCAAUUCCAGUAACAAAUAUUAAUUUCCUGAACAAUUUAUAAAUAUAUUUUGAAAUUGGUCUGAAAGAUUAUACACAAGUUUAAAAAUUGCAGUGUUAUAAUGGGCAGGCAUUGGACUCUGGCCCUUGCUCAGCAAAAAUGUAUCCCACUGAUGAAAAUCAUGUCAUUAUGUUUUCUUUUCCCUUUCAUAAGUAUGUGCCUGAUUUUAUAUUUUUCUGAUGAUGCUUAAUAAACAUUUUCUCAAGCA